AUGGCUUACUACUGUUUUCAUGCCUCCAUUUUUAUUAUUUUGGGAAUUUUAACAUCGAAUUCAAUCGGUCAAAUAAUCGUUAACACCGAUAAAGGACUUGUUAGGGGCACAACGGAACUGGUUGGUCAAACGACUUUACAUAAAUAUUUGGGAAUUCCUUUUGCUGAACCUCCCAUCGGCGUGAAUCGUUUUAAGCCAUCUCGGCCGUUAAAUUCCUCAUGGCCCGGUGUAUUAAAUGCCACAAAGUAUAGCAGUUCAUGUAUUCAAUUUGUUCCAGUUUUCAGAUCGCCACUUACAGCUCCAGAAAGUAUCAUUAAUGAAAACUGCUUAUACUUGAAUGUCUUUACUACUGCGCCAAGUAUAGCUGGCAAUAAAUCCGUCAUGGUUUGGAUUCAUGGUGGUGGCUACAUAGGUGGAAGUGGUGCUAAUUGGCAGCCGCAAACAUUAGCAGUAACGGAAGAUAUUGUUGUAGUUACCAUGAAUUACAGAUUGGGUAUAUUCGGUUUCACGACUUCAGGAGAAGCCAAUGCAAAUAGCCGUUCUAUCCAAGCCAACCUUGGCUUUUUAGAUCAGCAACUAGCAAUGGCAUGGGUACAAAAUAAUAUCGAGCAAUUUGGCGGUAAGAAGGAUGCUGUAACUUUAGCUGGUUUCUCUGCUGGUUCAUUCGCUGUUGGAAUACAUCUAGUAGCGCCUAGUAGUAGUGGAUUAUAUCGCUACGCAAUCAUGGAAAGCGGAACUAUCCUUGACGGUAGAUCCGUUGCAGAAGCACGAGCUACUUUUCUAAGAAUUGGCCAAGUAGGUCAAUGUAAUACUUCCAACCUCCGUGCAAUUUAUCAAUGCAUCAAUAAGUACAAUUCUACAAUACUGUUACAAAUUCAAUUUGCGUUGUUAAGAGAAAAUCCUGCAAAUUUUGGUCUUGUCAUCGAUGGUCGAUUUCUUAAUGAAAAUCCUAGGAAAUUACUCCAGGAUGGUCGCUUUUUUAAAGGCCGACUUUUGAUCGGAACAACUUUACAAGACGGUUACUCUUUUAUUCCUCCAUUAGUCACUAGACAAGUAUUCUUGGGUUAUGUCAGUAAUUGGUUUAGGGAAUAUCCUCCAUCGGCUAGAGCUUCCGUUAUUAAUAGAUAUACUGAUUAUACUAAUAUCGACUCGCCAACCGUUAAUAGAAUGAAGUUAGGCGAACUAUCCAAUGAUGCUCUAUUUCUUUCAACUUCUGAUUUCAUGGCCCAAAAAUAUUCUAAACAUGCCCCAACAUAUAAUUAUGUUUGGACUUAUCAUACACAGCAAGAUAUAUAUUUGCCAGCUUAUAUGGGUGUAACUCAUAGUAUGGAUGUACCAUAUUUUUACGGCUACCCAGUCCAAAAACCUGCUUAUUAUCUAACUAAUUUUACUACUGCUGAAGCGCAACUAAGUAGAGAUUCCAUGAAGAUGUGGGGAAAUUUUAUUCAUACAGGGCUUUUAACGUAUUUCACAUCUUUGUAUUCGAAUGCGUAUCGCGCAUUACCUACUUACGGAUUGUUUACCACCAGUAUUUCGUUAUUUCCUGCCACAACAGUAUUUCAGCGUGACUUGUAUACUGGUAGAACCGAUCGCACACCUAUCAGUGACUGA